GCCAAAGAAGGGCGACGUAGUUAGGUGUGUGCAAGAACUGGCGUGGAAUAAUGCGUUCGAAGUGAAUAGAGGAGUAAGACAAGCUGACUGUCUAUGAUCACCGAGGAUAUUCUUAAUUGUGGUGUACUGACUGGAUUAUGCGUCAGACUGUGCUUGGGAGUCAGGAAACGGGAAUACGCUAUACUACAGAUAGUAAGAUUCUAGAAGAUCUGGAUUUCACAGAUUAUUUAUGUUUAAUUUCACACAAAAUCGAAGACUUGCAGGCAAAUAUCAACAAACUAGCUGGAGAGGUUGACAGCGAACACGGGACUCCAGGUGGACAUAGAGAAGAUGCAAGUGAUAACCAACCACCACCACCACCACCAACAGCAACAACAACCAGAAUCAAUCAUCAUCAACGAGAGAGAUUUGACAGAGUUUACUUCCUGCCUUCUCUCAUUUGGCCAGGAAGCACCAUUUCAACAACAGGCAGUCAGAACUGAUGAAGAUGUCAACGCCAGCCAAAAUCGGAAAGGCAAGAUACGCAUUCAUCAAGCUAAAACCAGUUGAGAAAUCUGCCCUCCGCCUCAGCAUAAAGAACAAGAUUCGGAUUUU